GAAUUCAAGACUCCCCCAUCCCUUUACCUAUCCAAACAUCUCCUCUUUUCCCUCCCAUAAUAUUUCCCUCUUCUAAAAAACCAAAACAUUAUUUUAAUAUUAUAGAACAUCCUUAAAUCUUUCAUUCACUUCAUAUGGGUUCUCUUGUUGGACAUGUUGCUCCUGGUUUUGCUUUCUUAAUUAUAGGACUAUGGCACCUUUUCAACAACAUCAAACUCCAUGUUCAAAAUCCAAAUACCUACAUUUCACAAACAUGGUUCCCAACAUCAAAAUUCAAAUACCUUGAACUUUACAUCAUCAUGGUAGCCACAACAACAUCAAUCUCAAUGGAACUUUUCAUACUUCCUGACCGACACCAACCCUUCGAUCCAGACGGUACAAUUCCCUCAAACCAUCUCCAUAACUUCGAGCACGCUUCGAUCUCCAUGACUUUCUUCGUCUAUGCCGUCUUCUCCAUCAUCCUCGACAAAAUCGAAAACAAAGCAAAAUCUUCCUUAACACAAUUACUAGCUUCCAUAGCAUUUUUUCAGGAACUUCUUCUCUUCCAUCUUCAUUCAACCGAUCACACGGGACCCGAAGGACAAUAUCAUCUUCACUUCCAAAUUCUUGUCUUUGUCUCUCUUUCAACUACCCUCUUGGGAAUUAUCUUUCAAAAAAGCUUCAUAAUUAGUUUUGUGAGAUCAUUAAGUAUAUUUUCUCAAGGCUUAUGGAAUAGUUUUAUGGGGAUCAUGCUUUGGACACCAAGUUUAGUUUCCAAAGGUUGUUUUUUGAAUCCUGAGGAUGGUCAUAAAGUUGUGAGAUGUUAUGAUCAUGAAUCACUUCAUCGUGCUCUUUCACUUAUUAAUAUUUUUUUUAGUUGGUUUAUAAUUAUUGUAACUAUUUUUGGUGUUUCUUUGUAUUUGGUUUUGACCAAAUUCUAUGAUGGAGAUUUUAAGGUUAGGUAUUUUUCUUUGGGGAUCGAAGAGAAAGAGAAAGAGAAAGAAGAUCAUGUUGAAAAGUUUAAUAAUGAUGUGGAGUCUCAAAACCCAAAUAACUUUAUUCAUGUGGGGAAAAAAACUUUUUCAUCUCUUGACAUAGAGAGGUAGAAAAAAAGAAUGAAGAAAUUAGGAUACUAUAUGGUAUAUAAAACUGAAUUUAAUUAUAUGAGUACUUUUAUUUUUUAUAUGAACUUUAAUUUGUGAUUACUUGUUGUAUAUGUAUUAUUUUUUGGCUUUCACUACAUGUUGUAUACUUGUAUAUGUAUUUUUCUUUUUUUAUAUUACUUUGUAUAUGUAUUUUACUAUAAGAAUAGUUCGAUCAAUUAAUGUACAUUAAUAAUUAAUAA